UCCCCACUUUUUUUUAUUUUUUAUUUUUUUUACUGGCUACCCCGGGACCUCUCUCUCUCGGUUGCGCAGUGUGCCUCUCUACCCCCACCGAUCCUCUCUUUUUCUCUCAUCUCUCUCUAUCUCUCUCUCUCGUCUCUACGCCUCCUCGGCUUCCCACCUGUGCGCCACCCAAAUCGGCGACACCGUGAUGCUUCAUUGCACCAGGUCAUCGCCAUGCUCUUCCGUCGCCACCUCGUCACGUCGUUCGUCUAGCCCCUUUGCCUCGUCCGUCUCACGCCGCCGCCCAUACCGUUUCCAAUACUCAGUCUCUGCCCUACCUUUGCGUCCGUUCAUGCCUUGUACUCCGUCCGGCCAACACGUCGGUGCCAGUCACUUCGUACCCCAGUGUUGGUAAGUACGACAACGUUCCUUCACCAAGUCCAGUUGAACAUCGCUUCAAGCUUAGUGAGGACAUGUGGCUUGAAGAUUUCAUUGGGGUGCUACAAAAGGUAUCAGAGCCAGAUUUUAGCCGAUGACGGACUGGCCUGAUGAGGACAUUUGGAAUAUAAGAGGGAGAGAUUUUGAUAUCUCAUUAUGAUAAGUGGUUUACAAGUAGAUCUUGAGAGGAGCUGAAAAGUACAAGAGCUGCUAAAUUUGGCAGCAUGAAUGUACAAGGUUUUGUUGAUCAUUCACAAAUGAAGCCAUCUGUUGUUCUAACUGGAACAGCAAAGGAAGGUAGUAAUGCGCCUCCUGUCGGUCUUGUUGACAUUGGCACAAGUGAAGGGGCCUAUCUUUUUCGAGUUGCACUUCCUGGAGUUCGAAAGGAUCAAUGCAAGUUAAAAUGCGAAAUCCAACGUGAUGGUCGGGUUCAUAUAGAAGGAGUAAUAGCACGCACAGGAAUUUUGAAAGACUCCUCAACUGUAUUCCAGAUGAAAGUCCAGGAACUAUGCCCAUCCGGACCAUUCACCAUUUCUUUUAAUCUGCCUGGACCGGUGGACCCCCGAUUGUCUUCUCCAACUUUCCGGCCUGAUGGCAUCCUGGAAGUAAUAGUUUUUAAACAAAGAACACCUGCAACAGAUGGCAGGUUCCCACCUCCAUGAGCUUUAUACAAAGAGCUGCAUUCUUUUUGCUCUGGGAGGACUGCAUAACACUCUGGUAUGGUUUACUUCCGUAUUGAGUAUCGAAAAUUGAAGAUACCCAUGAUAUCCUCUUUCUUUUAAGUGGGCGUUCAAUUAAAAGCUAAUUGAAUGACUGAUCAGUGGUAUCUGUUAUGCAUUAUUGCUCCAACCAUUGUUCUCGACACGUCAGGGAUUUGGCUUGUGGUUGUGAUGUCAAAGAUGAUCUUUAAGUUCAGAUACAGUAUAAUUUAUGAUCACCUGUUAGCAGUUUUAUUAGACUCAUUACAAGUAGUCAUUGCACUAAAUCAUUUUCUUGUAGGAAAUUGAAAUUCCAGGUGCUCAAUUAUUUUUGGUAA